UCUCUCUCUCUCUAAACACAGUAACCUUCUUUCAGAUAGGACGAGACGAUACCACCCUUCUUCCUUCCCUUUUUUUGCCCUAAUAUGUUGACAUCGCCCCCCGGAGAAGACAACAACUAUACCAUCUCCAACAAGUCCCCAUCUCUCAGCAGACUCUCCUCGCUUUCAUCUUCAACUUCCUCUUCAUCCCCUUCUCCCCAUCUUCAUUAUAGCCACACUACACCCAAAUCCAUGGAGGAGGUUUGGAAAGACAUCAAUCUUUCUUCUCUUCACCAUAACUCCACUCCUAACCAAGAACACAUCAAUCAUAAUUCUCACUUCAUUUUCCAAGACUUUCUUGCUCGCCCUUUUGACAACAAGGACCCUCCAACAAAUGGCGAGACUACUAAUCUUAACAAUACUCCUGCGCCCCUUUACGCCUCUUCUCUCCCCCCGCCUGCCACUGUUCUUAGCCUGAAUUCCACUCCUGGUUUUGAUUUUCUUGACACUUCCCAUCCCCUAGUCCCCCACAAUAUUUCCAGUGUCUCUUCUUUUGCUACUCCUUUUCAUGCUUUGGCUUCCUCUUCCACCUUUGGCAAGAAAAGGGUGCAAGAUUCUGAUCAUGGCGGCUCUGUUGAUCGCCGCCAAAAGAGAAUGAUCAAGAACCGGGAAUCUGCCGCCAGAUCAAGAGCUAGAAAGCAGGCUUAUACAAACGAGUUGGAACUUGAAGUUUCCCACCUACUGGAGGAGAAUGCAAGGCUCAAGAGACAGCAAGAACAGUUGUGCUUGGCUUCCGCCGCUCAACUCUCCAAAAGGAACACGCUUCAGCGCACGUCCACAGCCCCAUUUUAAUUUGACGACUUACAGCUUUUAAUCCUUCGACUCCUUUUCUAUAACUUCAUAUUUAUAAAAUAAGAUAUAUGUAUUAACUGCGUUGUUAGCUCCCUCUUCAAGUCAACAAAGAGAAGGUAGAAGAGGAGCAGUGCGUGCUGAUUAUUUAUGGUGGAAAGAAAGAAGGUUGGUUGUGUUGUAACCUAUUAGCAGAGUAGAUUAUAUAUAUUAUAUUAUAUGGUGGGUAUGUUUAAUUUUCAGGAGAAAACAUGUAGGCAUAUGA